AUGGCAGGAGGGAUUGCCGGCAAUCUGGUCAUGGGGGUCGCCCGUCUGGCCGCGAUGAACGACGCCAUUCGCACCAACGCCGAGAAGUGCAAAGAGAUUAAGCGUAUAGCGAAUCGCGCCAGGAAGGAUCUGCAGGCCCGGAAGGGGAACAUAAACAAUAACUCCAGUGUGAGGGAUGCACUGGAUGAUCUGGAGGAGUCCAUCCGGCGCGCCCUCAGGCUCGUCAGGGCCUGCCAGACAAGGGAUCUAAACUUUUUGGAGCAAGUGCUGCGUCUCUACAGGGCGGAAGACAUAACGAAAGAGCUGCAGCAGGUACAGGAAGAUAUGUCGCUGAAAUUGGCGGCGGCGACCUUCGCCAUCAUCAACAACCACGGCAUGGCGCCCAACGCUAAUCCCGCUGGUCACCGUCCGCCCCAACUGCAACAGGAGCGUUGGACACCAGAGGAGCAUGCUCAUAGGAGGCACCAGAGGCAUGCACAUCAGAGGCCACAUCAGCAAGGACAUCAUCCAAUAUUGCCUCAACGUCAGAGGCUAGAUCAGCAUGCACCCCAGAGGUCCGUGGUGAAUGCUCUUGCAAUGCUGGGACGCCAGAUGCCUGUGGUGGAGCGUGCACAUGGGAGGCCCGAGCAUGCUCAGUUUUGUAAAUUUUCUUCUUUCCUGGAGAACAUAUGUGUUUGCCUCUCUGUUAUUUGUAUACCGGCACCUAUGGAGUGCAAAGUUCCAGGGUCUCAGGCGCUGAUGCCUGUGCAACCGAUCCAGCCCUUGAGCCUUCAAAUGAUUUCUGAGACAGAGCAAAACACAACAAAUGUGUUGCUACUGGAAGAUAUACCCAGACUGAUGAAAUGCGUCGUCUGGAUGAGCGAUAAUAAGGAUCAUCAGUUGUCAUGUUGA